CAAUUCCAAGCAAUGGGAGAGACAGGCAACUCCCAAGCACCUUCGUUAAUUUACCAACUCCAUUUAGCUCUUAUUAAUGGAAAUUUCUCCUACUUUUACAUAUGACACCUAAACCAAGACUCUAAUAAAAAAAAGAGAAAAAAGGAAAAAGAAAAAAAAUAGUUGUACUAGCUAAUAAUUUGACAGAAUCUAGAGGGAAAUCGAAAGCACAAAUCGAGGAGAGAGGAGAGAGGAGAGAGGAGAGAGAUAGGCCAUCAUCAAGGCAGGCAGGCAGCGUAGCCAGCAACACAAAUCCAAGGACGAGCAGGCAGCGUCUUCUGUUUGGGAAAAUACAAAAACGAAAAAUAAAAGCAAAGCACAGGCGCCCUUUAUUGUUUAUCACGAGGCUUCAUCAAAAGAAAUAGCUCCGAAUUUAGUCAAGUUCUCCGUGGCAGAUUCUUUAUUCUCCCUCUUUCUCUCUUUGGACAAGCUUUGUCACUGCAGUCUAUAAAUAUAGCGUUUCUCUGUUGUACAACUACUGGCGGAUUCUGAAAGAGAGAGUCUUUGUUUUCAUUUUAACUUUUUCUUGCUUUAUCUUUGGCUGGGUUCUCUGUCUCUUCAGCUACUGGAAAUACAGCAAUGGCUGAGUAUAUCUGUUUAUUGAACAAGCAGGAUACGAUAGUCAUAAAGCCUGCUAAGAAAACUCCGAUUUUGUUAAGGAUGAUAGUCUUGAUGUUUGCAAUGGUUUGUGGAGUUUAUAUCUGCUCAGUUUGUUUAAAGCAGACAAGUAUCCAUAGUAAAAUUAAAUUUCAAGAUAUCCAAGUAGUUGAGAGGCUGUCUCCUGAUGAUGACCAUGGAAAUCUGCAAAUUUCUAGUGUACAUUAUCCAAAUCCCGAAACUUUUAGCAGGGCUGAAUGUGCGCAUAAUCCUGUACGGUACUUUGCUAUAUUGUCGAUGCAAAGAUCAGGGAGUGGAUGGUUUGAAACAUUGUUAAACAGUCAUGUUAAUGUAAGCUCAAACGGGGAGAUAUUUUCUGUUUUGGAUAGGAGGAUAAAUAUUUCAUCAAUUACACAAACUCUUGAUAAAGUCUACAAUUUGGACUGGUUCACUAGUGCAUCAAAGAAUGAAUGCUCCGCAGCAGUUGGCUUCAAGUGGAUGCUUAAUCAGGGAGUAAUGCAGCAUCAUAAGGAAAUAUCAGACUACUUCAACCGCAGGGGUGUAUUUGCAAUAUUUUUGUUUCGAAGAAAUCUACUGCGUCGCAUGGUUUCAGUUCUUGCAAAUUCCUAUGAUCGCCAUGCUAAGCUAUUGAAUGGAACCCACAAGUCUCAUGUUCAUUCCACUGAAGAGGCCAAAACACUUGCGAAGUACAAGCCUAUCAUAAAUUCCACACUGUUGAUUUCUGAUCUGAAGGAGGUUGAGAUCACAGCUGCCAAGGCCUUAGAAUACUUCAAUAGCACCAGGCACAUUGUUCUGUACUAUGAGGAUCUCAUAAAAAACCCUGCUAAACUUAAGGACGUUCAAGCAUUUCUAGGUCUUCCGCUGAUGGAGUUAAUGAGCCGUCAGGUCAAGAUACACAAAGGUCCAUUGUCAGACCAUGUUAAGAACUGGGAAGAUGUCAACAAGACACUGAAUGGAACUGCAUAUGAGAGUUUCCUCCAAGCUGAUUAUUAAAGCUGACGUAUGAAUGGUGUGAAUACCAACUUCCAACUAAUUUUGUUAGAGCUGACAAGGUAGUGGUUCCCAUAAAAUUUUUGACAACGACCCAGGUGUGAUGCUUCCAGGUUGUAUCCUCUAUCUUCACUCAAUUCCUUGAUCUGUGUUCAAGCUCUUGUAUCACUCCGAUAAUCUUCUCGUUGAUUGAUUUUAAGCAAUACCAUGUAAAAAUGUCAGCUAAUCAGUUUUAAGAAAUGCAAGCAAUUGUUCAGUAGGCUAAUUGUGUA